AUGUCCUUCUUUGGAUUUGGAGGUGGAAAAAGUGGAAGCAGUCCCAACGUGAACUCUCCAUCAUCAGGAGACUCUCAACAGCUUUCCUCUCCUUCCUAUGAUACCGGAAGAAAUAUUGAUGACAUUGUGAAAGGACUAUUGAUUGCUUUAGAUGACGCCGAUAUCAAAGUUCACAAAACAAUUCAUCAAUCAUUAAUAAGCAUUGGUGAUCAGUGUGAAUUAUUACUAUUGAGCAAAUCUCUUCAUUUCUUGAAUAACAUUUGUUCCAAAUCGAACAAGAAACAUCGAGUGCUCGUCAUGAACAUUCUCACCGAAUUAUUGAAUAUGAAACCUUCAAGCAAUGAUUUUGCAAUUGUUCGUGCAUCGAAUGUGAAAGCAGCAGAUAAACCUUUGAAAGUUCCAGAUGACCUCUCUCGUGCACUUGUGCUGAUGGCAAUUAAUGAAAUGGUUCAAGAUAAAUCGAUCAAUUCAGACUGGCAAGCAAGUGCUUGUAACUUGUUAAUUGCCUUGUCACGUUAUGUACCUGACCUAGUAACUGGACAAUUAUUAGAGAGAUUUCCAAUUAGUAGUACAAAUCCACCACAUUACUUUGUAAUCAAAGCAUUGAGUGAUAUUGCAUUUUAUUAUCCUUUAUUAUUUAUUGGUAAUUUAAAGGAAGUACUUUCAAGAACUUUACCAUUGUUAGCUCUCAUCAAACAUGAUAAUUUGAGAUGGGUAUUUUGUGCCGCGCUGGGAAGAUGGUCUGAAGCCGCAAUUUAUUGUUUGGAAUUAUCCGAGAAACCUUCACAAAAUAAUGCAAUGUUGAAUCCUAUUGAUAAGUCCACAAUUUCACAAUAUCAUUCAUCCAUAUUGACGGCAAUGAAACAUAUUUUGUUAGAAUGGUUGAAUGUGAGAGAAACAAAAAUUAGAUUAGCAGCAGCACAAUCCAUUGGUUAUAUGUGUCACAUUAUUGAGACAGACCAACUCAAUCAAUUAUUGCCAAAAUUAAUACCAAAUUACGUAAAUUCAUUGAAAAAGGAAGUUAAGGAAGAUCCUCUUCCAGUCACAAUUGGUCUUCAACACAUUGUUAAGGUUGUAGUUCGGGAUUGUGCAACAUCACUGAACGAUCAAUUGCAACCCAUACUCGGAACAUUAUUUUCUGUUUUAAUUACCACAAUGACAAGAAGACAAUCCUACAAGAACGCAAACAGAAACAUUACUGAAGUUUUGAGAACUUUCCAUUUCAUUGCAAAGGCCUAUACAGAUCAAGUGGUUUCUUUCGUACAGGCCCAAUUGGAACAACCCAAUGGAAGCGCCAUUGUUCACGUGAGCUCCUUGAAAACUCUCAGAUAUUUGGUUCUAAAUAAUGACGACGACCUUGUUUCAUACAGAGAUGUCAUUGUGAGUGGUUUGAUGAAAAUCCUCAAAGAUCCAUCCAAUCAAAUGAUGAUCAUUGCAGAAAAUGUUGAAGUUCACAACGAAUUCAGUGUCUUAAUUCACACACUCGCUCAACACGAUGGAUACAUGAAUUCACAGGGUGGUACCGAUCUAGUGCAUGUCAUUUUGCGAGGUUGUGCCAUUUCUGAAAAGAGAAUUUCUGAUGAUUUGAAAACCAAAAUUCCAGCUUCUCUUGUGUCUACUGUUGGUAGUGAAGAAAAAGCUGCUCAAGCCAUUAUGACCCGAAAUGAAAAGGAAGAUGCCAUCAUCUUUGAUGAAAAAAGUACUACUCUCAGUAAUUCUCAGGCCAAUACUGAAGACGAGGAAAAUAAUUCUGAACAGAGUGAUGAGAAUAGAGAGUCCUCCAAUAGUACUCCAUCAUCUCCUCAGGUCGGUUCUUCGACGAAUUCGAAAGAAGGUUUGGAUCCACAAACUCUCCCACAAGUCUACACUUGGUAUCAAGUGAGAGAAACCUGUGAUCGCAUCUUGUUAAGUUUUACCACAAAAUUGGGAGAGGAAAUGGAUAAGGUGUUGUGGCCUUUCCUUUUAGAAUCAUUUGUCAUGCCACUCUAUGACACGGCCUUCCCAGUUUUGUGUCGAGCCAUUGCUGAUAUUAGCAAACGAAAGAAGAAUGAUGAUGAUUUUAUCAUUGAUUUUGAUGCACAAGUUAACAUUCCAAAACCUAAUUUCAUCUUUGCUCGUUUGUUGCUCAAAUUGACUGUUCCAUUUGGCAGAAAUCAACCAGCGGUCAACAUCUUGCGUGCCUUGUAUUGUUUAUCGCCAAAUAUUCACCCGGAUGUGGUACAAUUAUGGGGAAAGAAGUUACCAACACUGAAAAAGUAUAUUGACACAUGUGAAAGCAAUGCUUCAUUCGUUCAAGAUGAAUGGGACAAUCAUUUAUUGAAUCUCGUGCGUGACAGCAUUGAUAGUGUGCAGGAUGACAAGUGGGCUGUUGCAUUGGGAGAGGCCUUGUUAGAACACUCUGAAAUUUUUUACAAGAAUAAUAGACUCUUGAAGAAAUCUUUAUUGUCCACUGUUGGAUUGAUUAUUCAAAAGAGUCAAUUGAAACAAUUUAUUCAUUCUGCAGUUGAGAGAUGUUUCAAGAUUACAGAUCACACCAAUGAUGAAGAAAGAUUAGGUUGUGCUCGUGGUUUGGGCCAGGCAGCUGUCAACCACUGUGACACUGUACUCGCUCAAUUACAAAACGUAAUGAAAGCUCCAGAAAAGAAGACAGGAUUCUUUGCCAGAAAUACUGGUAAUGAAGUGACACACUUUGAGAGAGCCACUGCCAUGUUAUCCUAUGGAUAUGUUUCCAUGUUAACUCCACUGUCCUUGAUUACAUCUCGUGUUGAAGUUCACAUUAUUAAGAACAUGAUUCCGAUUUUGAAGCCACAACCUCCACAACCAAUUCCAUACGAAUUGAAAGAAAAUGGUUUGAAGGCAAUUGAUUUAAUUGGAAAGUCUGUCCAUCCAAGUAGAUUGCAAGAUUUCAUUCUCAAAUCACGUGACGAAUUGGUAAAACUUGUCAUUCAAAUAAUGACACCAUCGCCCCAAUUGUUACAACAAGCCACUACCGUUCAGCAACUCCUCUCAAUUAACAAACUUAGAAUUUUGGGUCUUGAUGCCUUAUCUACACUUGUCAAAUUGCCACCAAAAGUUGAAGUGGAGAUUCAAAACGAAAUUUUCAAUAGUAUUUUACCAUUACUCAAGAUUAAGACUACUGUGAAAACCGAUCCAAAACAACCACCUGUGACUGGACUCGAUGAUUUAGUCUCUACAGAUGACUCCAUUAUUGAAAGCCAUAAUAAUGUAUUAUUUGCAAUUUUACACACAGACAACAGCCAAGGAUCAUUGGAUGAUAUUCUCAGAGCUUUGGAAACCGAUCACAUGAAUUCUACGAAUGCUUUGGAAAGAGAGCGAGCAUGCUCUAUUUAUGUUUCGUUGUUGAAAGAUUUUGCCAAGCUCAUAUCACAAUAUGAUCAAUCUGCUACCAAUAAUGUGUUUGGAAACUCAAUGACAAGCUUGGGAAGAAUUAUUGGUCAAUUAAUUCCUCGUAUUACAGAAUCGGUCACUGGCAUUAGAAAAUAUGGUUUGGAUGGCAUUUAUCUCGUAUUGCGAAUUCAACACUUUUUGGAGCAUAUCAAAUCUCAAAAUGAUGAAUUGCCAGAAUAUAUUGAAAACAUUGUUCCACUCAGAAACCAAUUAUUUGAAGCAUCUAAUGUGAAGGAGUUGUUUGAAGUCACCAAGGAGCUUUCACAAAUACUCUGUGAAGCAAUCAAAGAUAAGAAUCAUUUAAUGAAUCUCAUUGAUACUCUGAUUGAUACAUUGAAUGAUCCUGAAGUGGAUGGAGCAAACAGUUCAUGUAUUGUUUUGAAUGGGCUCAUCCGAUCAAGAGGAAAGGAACUUGAACAUGAGGCUGUAAAUUAUGUGAAAAAGAUGAUCAAAUUAAUUCCUCAAUUUAUUUCUGGACAGAGAGAACAAAUUGUGAGCGGACUCUUACAUGGUGUUAGAGGUUUCACAAGACAUUUCCCAUUAUUAGUGAUGAAUACACUCAUUGCUUAUCCAGUACCUCACACCAUCGAAGUAACCAAGUGCUUCCAAAUUAUUUCUACUGAUCCAAUGCUAAAUCAACAAUUACUAGAUCAUCUCUUGGAUAUUAUUAACAAUGCUCAACUCUAUGAAGAAAAGAGAGCAUCAGACAGCGUUGACUUGUUUCCAACGCACACCACUGUCUCAGCAACUCAAUCUCUCUAUGAGAUUCUUUCAGUUGAAGAUUUCUCAAGUGUGGCCAUGAAGAAUUACUCUCAAAUUAUUGUUACUGCUCUCAUUCGAGUUGGAAGUGCAAACGAAAUGACUGUAAACCCACCCACAAAAUUCGCUCAGCAAUGCAUUGUUAAUUUCUACAAGUUGACUCAAGAAGUUAGACGAAAUGCCAAAUUAGAAGCAUUGGAAGAAUUGGAGCAAAAUGGUCAUCAUGGCUCCGAGGAGAAUGAAGAUCAUAAAACAACCAUUCAAGAACGUAGAGAAUUAAUUAUCCAACAAACUCCAACUGAAAUUGAGGCUCCAACUUUGGAAAUGCUUUUACAAAAAACUCAAUAUGGAGAUGCUGUUCAAUCCAUUCUAGAAAGGAUUUGCAAAUCUGGUACAGAAUAUGUUCGACCAAUGUUUGAAUAUGUGAAACCAUUCAUUAGUAGAACCUUUAUUGGUCAACGAGUGAUCGCAACAUGUAUUGUUUCUGUACUUCUUAAUCAUAUUCAAAAUGAUCGUGAGCUAGUUCAUAACUGUAUUAAUGCCUUGUUGGGAAGAAGCGGAACUGAUGAACAAAUUGUUGUAAAAUUGUACGCAUUACGUGGAUUGAGCAAUCUCUCGAUUCAUCCAAAAGAUAUUUUGCAUCAAUAUGUGACACCAGUGAUUGGAGCAUUGUUGUCAAAUUUGGAAGAUUUGAAUCAAGCAGUUGUUUUGGAAGCCAUGACAAGUGUGAAAAAAAUUUUCAAGAUUGCUGAGGAUCAAUAUAUUUCACCGCUCUUAAUGAACUUAUGUGUUCGAUUGAAACCAUCCUUUGAGAAGAAAGAUCCUCAAAUUAGAGAAGCUUCUAUCAAAUUAUUUGGAGCUCUUUAUCGUUUCUGUGAUGGAGUAAUGAGAGAGACACUUGUUGCCACUAUUUUCAAUAAUUUACCAAUUUUACUUUGUCACGUUCAUGAUCCAGAGGACCGAGUGAGUUAUGCUUGUCGACUGGCUCUAAGUCAAUUGGUUCCAACUCUCAAGAGUGAAGCUUUUACUAAAAUCUUUGAAGAAAAUGAAUCGUUUAAGGUUGUCGAUCAAGAUGAUCCAAAUGCUCCACUUCCUUCCAUGACCCCGCUCAACUUUGAUGAAUUUGCAGAGAUUUUCGCCAAGACUUGGAUUCGAGAAUUCCCAGAAAGAGUGAGUGAUUUGGUCAUGAAUUUAGUUGUUUUCUAUAAGAGCGAAUGGCACACAGUGUGUGCUUGUGCUGUGUUAAUUAUUGGACAUUUAUUGGCUAAUUUAUCACAAGACCAGAGAAGUAGAGUGAAUUUAAGACACACCACUCAAGGACUCACGGAAUUGCUGAAAUCACCAUCUUCUCUCAUUAGAGAAAAAGGCCUCCAAAAUGUUAGGUCUGUUGUAUGA